GGCAGAGCGCGGGGCGGCGGAGGAGCCGCGGGUGCGCAGCGGGAGCGGAGCGAGCGGCACCGGGCGGUACCGGCACGGCGGGGACUCGGUGACGGGCGAGCUGUCGGGAACGCGCGUUGUGUGCCAGGCUGCCCCAAUGCCAGCCCCCACCCUGCAGCCCGGCCGGCUCCGUGAGUAACCAACCCUCGCUGGGAGCUGCUGUUGGUGCGAGUAACAGGAACUGUGCUGGCCUCGUGCUGCUGGGGAAGGAGGAGGAGGAGGAGGAGGGCGGCGGUGACACUCGCAGCCUGCUGGAAGCGCUGGCUGUGCUGGCUGAAAGCCGCAGGAGCCUUCGGAGGGGAAUCCUGCAGAGGGGACGGUGCUGCUGGCAAAGCCCUGGCAGCCAGAAGAGCCUGAGCGGGAUCAUGUCUGAAAGCCAAUCCUCUCCUUCAGUGUUCCUUUAAGUUUCAGCAUCCUUUACUUCGUCUAUUUUUCCCUCUGCCCCGUCACAUCUGCUGGAAGAAAUCUGGGAGGAGAUGCACUAAGGCAUCACAGAUCUGGGGAGGAGAGCUCGGAUCGUGCACAGGGCGCUGGAAGAGAGCAGAGCCAGGGGGAACUGAGCCAUUCCCAGCUGCUGCCGUGUCCCCUGUGCUCCGCGUCCCUGCUUGAUGGGGAUCGCUGCCGCAGCAGCAGGCUCCGCACUCCCGGGCGGGCGAGCAGCGCUGGCACAGCUCCCUCCUGGAUGCUGGCAAGGCCGUGUGGAUAAGCUGCUGGCAGAAGAUCCCUCCUGGAGCAGCUGCUGGCUGUAGGCCCAGCGAGCCAAGGGUCGGGAGAGCGUGUCCUGCAGCAUGACAUCCACGCUGGAGCCCAAGGAUCCCCCCCAGGCCAACGGGGACUGCGGGCAGCCCGCGGGGCCCGAGCAUUUCCUGCGGCCCGAGGGCACCGCCGUGGACCUGGUGGUGCUGGAGUCCCGAGCCAACGCCAAAGGGGUGAGGGAGGAGGAUGCUCUGCUGGAGAACGGCAGCCAGAGCAACGAGAGCGAUGACACCAGCACGGAGCGGGGGCCUGAGCCCCCCUCGCCCCUCAAGGAGACCUCGUUUUCCAUCGGGCUGCAGGUGCUGUUCCCCUUCCUGCUGGCUGGAUUUGGCACGGUGGCUGCUGGGAUGGUGCUGGACAUCGUGCAGCACUGGGACGUCUUCAAGCAGGUCACUGAGGUGUUCAUCUUGGUUCCUGCUCUGCUGGGGCUGAAGGGGAACCUGGAGAUGACGCUGGCAUCGCGCCUGUCCACAGCUGCUAAUAUUGGCCAAAUGGAUUCGCACAAAGAGCUCUGGAAGAUGAUUACAGGGAACAUGGCUCUGAUACAGGUCCAGGCCACCGUGGUUGGCUUCCUGGCCUCGAUUGCAGCCGUGGUGUUUGGGUGGAUCCCAGAUGGGCACUUCAGCAUGGACCACGCUGUCCUGCUGUGUGCCAGCAGCGUGGCCACUGCCUUCAUCGCUUCCCUGGUCCUGGGCAUGAUUAUGAUCGGGGUGAUCAUUGGCUCCAAGAAGAUGGGGAUCAAUCCUGACAACGUGGCCACGCCGAUCGCUGCCAGCCUGGGGGACCUCAUCACCCUGGCCCUGCUCUCAGGGAUCAGCUGGGGGCUCUACAAGGAGCUGGAGAGCAGAGCCUACGUGAACCCCUUGGUGUGCGCCUUCUUCCUGUCGCUGCUGCCCAUCUGGAUCAUCAUUGCCAGGAGGAAUUCUGCCACCAGGGAGGUGCUGUACUCGGGCUGGGAGCCUGUCAUCAUCGCCAUGGCCAUCAGCAGCGUCGGGGGGCUCAUUCUGGACAGGACGGUGUCGGACCCCAACUUUGCUGGCAUGGCAGUGUUCACCCCAGUCAUCAAUGGUGUGGGUGGCAACCUGGUGGCAGUGCAGGCCAGCCGCAUCUCCACCUACCUGCACAUGAGUGGGGAGCCUGGAGAAGGCCCUGGCCCGGCCCCUCGCAAGUGCCCCAGCCCCUGCAGCACCUUCUGCAGCUCAGACGUGAACUCCCGCUCUGCCCGCGUGCUGUUCCUGCUGGUGGUGCCCGGGCACCUGGUGUUCCUCUACACCAUCCACUCCAUGCAGGGGGGGCACACCACGCUCACCCUCAUCUUCAUCGUCUUCUACAUGACAGCAGCGCUGCUCCAGGUGCUGAUCCUGCUCUACAUCGCAGACUGGAUGGUGCACUGGAUGUGGGGCAGGCACCUGGACCCCGACAACUUCUCCAUCCCGUACCUGACAGCCCUGGGGGACCUCAUUGGGACGGGGCUGCUGGCCCUCAGCUUCCACCUGCUCUGGCUCAUCGGGGACAGGGACUCCGAUGUUGGGGAUUAAACCUCCCUGCUCCUCCCUUCCCACAGCUCUCCUCCUUCCAUUUGUUGUUUCUUUGCUUGUCCCCCUCCUGUCCUGCCACCCCCCACCCCCUGGAAGAUUUCACCUUUGAUACUGGAUUCUCAUUAUUUUCAAUGGGAAUUUUACCUGGUUUAUAUUUCAAGCCGAGUUUGUAAAAAAAGAAAAAUCUUAUCUAGUUUUGGGAAGGACAGACAAACAAACAAACAAAAAGUGUAACGAGACAAUCACUAAGUGCAAUUUUUGUAGCAGUUGUGUCCGAACCAAGGUUCCAGUUAAGUUCCUGCUCGGUCAGGUCAUGCAGGGAGCCCCCCCUGCCCCCUCCCUCGAGGUUCAGGGCUGCUUUUUUCGCUUCAUAAGCGUUUUUUAAACCCUGCAGGUGGAGCUCAGGUCUGCCCAGCUGAGCUGGCGCCUUCCAGCCAAGCACAACCUCACGGCCCAGGGCACGGGGUAGCCCUGAAAGGAGGAUCCAGCCUGGGCCCACACCCAGAAAUGGGGAGUGUCUGUGAGGGGGGAUGAGGAGGAUGGUGAGGAAGGCUCCUGUGUUCAGCACAGGAAUGUGAGUGAGCAGGCUGGGCUCUGCUGGAAUCUCCAGGCUCCUUUUUGCCACCCACCCCAGAGUGCAGCAUGCUGUUCCAGCCUUGGCUCUGAGCCUGGCCUAGAGGGGCUGAGGACCCUCCCCACCCAUCACCAUCACCAUCCUCCUGCCCAGGGAUCCCUCCUGGUGCUGCUCCAUUCCCUGGCUGACCUUCCCAGAGGGGUGGAUGGACAAACAGCUCCUGGGUUUUGUGCCCAGGUUUCCUUUUGGGGUGCUGAGGGGCUCCUUGCAGGCAGGAAAAGCCACCCAGCAUCUCCCCAAGGUGAGCCUGGCCUCUCCCAGCUGGGCAGGAGCAUUUUGCUGCUGGUGUCUGUCAGGGAAGGACAUCCAUGGGAUUAUUGUGCCAGCUGGAAAUGCAGGAUCACACACAGGGGCCUGGCUCUUGGAGCAGGAACAGGAACCAACCCCCUGCCCUUGUGUAAAAUCUGGGAUUUUUGGGGCAGAGUUCUCUCCUCUGCUGCUUCCCCUCCUGCUUUUUGUGGAAUUCCUGCUCUUCCCCUUAGGCCGUGCUGGGAGGGCAGGAAAAACCCACAGCAAGUGCAGCCAGAGGGGCAAACCAAGACCAAAGUUAGGCCAGGCUCAGUGUGCCAGGCCAGAGCUGGGCCUGGCUCCGGAUGGUGCUGAUGGAAAGGAGGGGGAGGAUGAAGGAGUUCUGCAUUUUUGGAAAGGAGGGUCAGGGUGAAGUUCUGGAUUGUUGGAAAGGAGGGUCAGGAUGGAAUUCUGGAAAUCCACGGAGCAGAUGGAGCCAAACCAGAGCUCCUUGCUGCUCCAGGCCCUCUCUGGAGCUCUGCAAACCCUUC